GGUCAGGAACGUAUGGCCGUCCCGUUGCUAGAACACGGCAGCGCCAAACAUUUCACUGACUACUGCUUCCUCAACUUGGGCCAAUACAGAGCUGGACUUGCUCAACGUCUGAAAAUCAAGUCUGGAUCAGUACCAACUCUCCUCGGCUCAGCUACAAACCUCGAAAAGGCCAGCUCAUCAAGUGCUUACAUUCAGCAGCUUCUCUCAAGGGAUGUUGCCUGCCAGACGGAAAACCUGGAAACGCAUAUUUGUAGGCACAAAGCUAUCCUUAAAGUCUAUGCAGCCCCAUUUUAAAAGUGAAGAAGACUGCGAUGCCUUUGGAGACCGUAGCACUCAGUGUGGCGCCACCUCAGAGAUUCUGGGUGUGGUCGCCCCUGGCUCCUCCCACUGGUCCAGUCGCUGCGAGGAAUUGGUGCAGACUCCAGACACCAUUUCAAUCAAGGUUGAAGAGGAUAUUGGUGGAGGCUUGCCCGCUGUGGAAGACUGCGAUGCCUUCGGAGACCGUAGCACUCAGUGUGGCGCCACCUCACAGAUUCUGGGUGUGGACGCCCCUGGCUCCUCCCACAUGUCCAGUCACAGCGAGGAACUGCUGCAGCAGACCCCAGACACCAUUUCAAUCAUGGUUGAAGAGGAUAUUGGUGGAGGCUUCCCCGCCCUAGAAGACGUCAAUGACAUCACAGACUGCAGCACGCAGCGCGGCGCCACCUCGGAGAGUCUGCGUCUGGAAGCCCCUGGCUCCUCCCACAUGUCAAGUCACAGCGGGGAGUUGCGCAUCCUGACCGUUUACGGACAAUGGGAGGGGCCACUGGCGGUGAACGUCCAUAACACCCUUUUUGCCGCGUCAGAACCGGAGGCCUUGAGCUCGCUGUCCGCUGACCACAGCGUGGCCAAGAGCCUGAACUGCAGCGUGCGGCUCGUCCGCCUUGAGGAGCUGACUGGGCAGCAGGGCGGCCGCAAGGGCCGGCCCGGUGUCUUUUGUGGAAAGGUUAUUCCCAACAAGGCGAAUAUGAUCGUCCACAUGAGGACCCACAACGACAAGAAGCCCUACAAAUGUGACAAAUGCACAAAGCGCUUCGGUGAUAGCUAUGCCCUGAAGAUCCACAUGAGAACUCACUCUGGGGAGAAGCCCUACAGGUGUGACCAAUGCAUGAAGUGCUUCAGUCUGAAAGACACCCUGAAUAAACACAUGAGAACUCACUCUGGGGAGAAGCCCUACAGGUGUGACCAAUGCAUGAAGUGCUUCAGUCUGAAAGACACCCUGAAUAAACACAUGAGGAGUCACUCCGGGGAGAAGCCCUACAAGUGUGAGCAAUGCAGUAAGCGCUGCAGUCGGAGAGAUGCCCUAAAUAUCCACAUGAGGACUCACUCCAGCGAGAAGCCCUACAAGUGUGACCAAUGCAUGAAGUGCUUCAGUCUGAAAGACACCCUAAAUAUCCACAUGAGGACUCACUCCGGCGAGAAGCCCUACAAGUGUGACCAAUGCCAGAUGCGCUUCAGUCAGAAUAACAUCCUGAAGAACCACCUGAGGACUCACACCGGCGAGAAGCCCUACAGGUGUGACCAAUGCCCGAAGUGCUUCAGUCUGAAAGGCAGCCUGAAGAUCCACCUGAGGACUCACUCUGUGGUGAAGCCCUACAAGUGUGACCAAUGCACGAUGCGCUUCAGUCAGAAAGGCACCCUGAAGAUCCACAUGAGGACUCGCUCUGGGGAGAAGCCCUACAAGUGUGACCAAUGCACGAUGCGCUCCAGUGACAAAGGCACCCUGAAGAACCACAUGAGGACUCACUCCGGUUAGAAGCCCUGCGCGUGUCUGCAGUGCAACGGCAGCUACAGCGACCCAAGCAAUUUGAGUGUGCACAUGCUCAAGCACACGGGCAAUGGGGUGCUUUCACACAGGGUAACGAGGCAAGAUUGAGACCUCUGUCCGGUAUUUGUCGAAAUUACUGCUUUUAGUUUUCCUUUCAUCAUGAUUAAACACUUUCCAGCUUUUGA